UGCCUCAUGAAUAUUUAGGGUUUCAAGUUUGCAUGCAAGCAACUAUUUUUUUCAUCCUUAAUUUGCAUUAGCAGAAUUGGCCUAGCUGUCUGUGCAUACAGGAUGAUGAGACUUUUUCCUUUACAUUUUCUGGCUCUCAUCAGUCUAUCAACGUGUCUCGACGUACAUAAGGUGAAAAUGGCUGCAGCUUUUUGUGAUUUCUUAAUCACGAGCAAAGUUAAUCAACCUCUGCAUGUAUACAUGUACUUACAUGCAGCCACAGCUUACCUUGAUUGUGAUGUGAUGUGGUUAAGUGUAAAAGUGUAAUUUGUUACGAGAGUUAAUGUACUAUUUAUAUCAAGCCUCAUGGGCUAAUUUCAUUAUUUAAAUUUAAUAUCUCCUGGAUUCGAUAAACCUAAUUUGUCACUGUAUUCAUACAGUUAGUCCAAAAGCAACAAAUCAAUGUGCCCCCGGAAAAUAUCUCGGCACUGAUUUCUAUAAUAUCGCUGACCACUCCGGCCACCCAAGAAAUCGCCACAUCAUCAGAAAACAUGGAUGACAAAACUCUGUAUCCUGCGGGCAAUGGUAAUAACGGAAACCUGACCAGUUCUGGUAGUCCGUCGCAGUAUGAUUCUGGCGAAAUGGCGUGGCUCAUGGCAUGCACAGCCAUCACGUGGAUCAUGAUUCCAGGAGUGGGUUUUUUCUAUAGCGGCGUGGCACGGUCCAAGAGUUCCCUCAGCCUUCUCAUGAUUUGUCUAUGGACAUGUGCCGUAGUUAGCAUUCAAUGGUACUUGAUCGGAUUCUCGUUAUGUUUAAGCACGAAAGGGAAUCCCAUCAUAGGUGGAUUGGACCACUUGUUUCUUGCCAAUACUGACCAACCUUAUCCCGGCAACCCGAAAAUCCCCACGCUUCUUGUAAGUAUUUGGUACGGUCUCUUUGCUGCCAUCACGCCCACCAUCAUUUUAGGAAGCGUCGCCGAAAGGACGCGGUUCCUUCCCACCAUCGUGUUCAUUUUUUUCUGGACCACUUUUUGCUUCGAUUUUUUAACGUACUGGACCUGGAACCAAAAUGGGUGGACAUAUGUCUUGGGGGCGUUAGAUUUUGGCGGUGGUACUCCAGUUCACUUGUCUACGGGUGCAGCGGCUCUUGCAUUUGCAUAUAUGGUGGGAAACAGGAAAGACCCGACCGAAAAACCACCCCACAAUAUGACAAAUGUCGUUUUGGGGACAAGUUUUAUCUGGUUUGGAUGGCUGGUAGCGAAUGCAGGUUCUGGAAUUUCGCCAAACUUAAGAGCAGUCACUGUUUUUGUUACUACAAACAUUUCGGCAUCCAUGGGAGGAAUCACUUGGGGGAUUUUGGAUUACAUUCGUCACGGCAGAAAGUGGUCGGCGUUGGGAUUUUGUACAGGAUCAAUAUGUGGCUUGGUUGCAAUUACACCAGCGUCAGGAUACGUGUCACCCACUUCCAGUCUUGUAUUUGGUGUAGUUGGGGCCAUCAUUUGUCAUUUUUGUAUGGACUUUAAGGGAUUUUUAUUACGAGUCGAGGUUGACGAUUCCUUUGACGUGUUUUGCGUACAUGGUAUUGGAGGCGUUGUUGGCAACAUUCUCACGGGAAUUUUCGCUCAGAAAUCUAUCGCGGGGGUCGAUGGAAGUGUAAUUGAAGGCGGAUGGCUGGACGGUAAUUGGAAACAGGUUGGAAUCCAACUCAUUGACACGGUGGCCGGCAUGGCGUGGAGUUUCUUUGUAACGGCCCUUCUGCUUUUUAUUAUCAAUAAAAUACCCGGACUUCACAUUAGAGCUGAUCCCAAAGACGAGAGUGAAGGGUUAGAUCAAGCCGAGAUGGGUGUCAACGUAAAUGAGUAUAUUGAAGAAAUAAAAUCAGCUAUUGUGAUGACCGCAAAUAGCACGACCACUCGGAUUACGGUAGGUGGGAGUGACAAUAUUGGGCUCCGAAAAUUGGAACUUCAUAACAAUGGCGAAAUUAGUAAAGACAAAAUGCAAGAAGUGAAUGACGAAACCUCAGAAAAUGCGAUAGAGACAACAGGAAAUUUGUAGUAAAUAUUCAUUUUAUUUCAUGGAUAGAAUACAAAAUCCAUUUUAUGUAAAUGACGUCCUAUUAAUAAACUUUCAAUUUCUUAUGGAAGAUGGUAUGCGCAAA